AUGAAAUGCAUUUUAUUUUCAGCUCAAGCUUGUGCAGAUGUUCUGGCAUUAGCCAAAGAAGCUAGAAAGCGAAAUCUUGGUCCUCUUCAUCCUUCCUUUAAUGUGAUAAAGAUAAUAAGAGAUGGAUUGAUGAGAAAUCUUCCAGAAAACACUCACCAGUUAUCAUCGGGCAGACUGUGUAUUUCACUAACCAGAGUAUCAGAUGGUAAAAAUGCAUUGAUAUCUAAUUUUAACUCUAAAGAAGAAGUUGUCCAGGCUUUAAUCUGUAGUUCAUUUGUCCCUAUUUAUUGUGGCCUAAUUCCACCAUCAUUUAGAGGUGUGCGCUAUGUGGAUGGAGGAAUCAGUGACAACUUACCUCACUAUGAGUCUAAGAAUACCAUCACAGUUUCGCCUUUUGCUGGGGAGUGUGAUAUCUGUCCAAAGGGGAAUUCUGCCAACUUUCAUGAAAUGAAUGUGACCAACACCAGCAUUCAGCUCAGUUUGGGGAACCUUUAUCGUUUAACACAAGCACUCUUUCCACCAGAACCUAAGGUACUAGGAGAGAUCUGUGAGCAAGGAUAUUCAGAUGCUCUCAAAUUCUUGAAAGAGAAUGGUAUUCUGAAUGACUCAAUUUAUAUCCACUUGCCCUUCACAAAAAUAAAUCCUCAUGAGGCCUCACUACACAUUGACCAUAUGAAGAAAAAAAAAUUGAUAGAAGAUAACAAAGUAGAAACUUUGAAAAGGGAAGUACGUAAUGACCAGUUGAAACAAAAUCCAUGGCCUUUGGAGAAGAGCAUAUUUGAGAGUUUACCUCCUCGACUUCGUAAAGCGCUACAAGAAGCUUGUAAAGAACAGAAUGGAUUCUACGCUCAGUUCUCUAAACUCUUCCCAAUGCGGGUAAUAUCCUAUCUGAUGCUACCAUAUACGCUACCAGUGGAGUCUGCUUACUCUGUUGCUUUACGGUUAGUAAACUGGUUUCCUGACAUGCCUGCUGAUGUUCGAUGGAUGCAAGAACAGCUUUGUCGGAUUGCUGGUACAGUUUAUUCCCAGGCUAAAAGCAAGCUGUUCUGUACAUCCAGGAAAGACAACUAUACAUCACUAAGAAAAUGUCAAACUGUCCCAUCUGCUGUGGAAUUUCAUUCUUCAUACUGCCAUCUUAAAAUGCCUCGCUGUUCUGCAGACCUUGAAACCUGGCUCUGGGAAUCUUCAUGCUUCAUGCACUCAGCUAUGAAAAAUGCUUCUGCUAACAUACAGGAACAUUCAGUCUUAAACUCCUAUCCUAGUUUUCUCCCAAAUUCUGAUGAGUCUGGAUUGGAAAUAGAUUUUGACUCUUCCUCAGAGACAAGUUUCCAUACUGCUCCAGAGUAUUAAUUUGGAAGUAGAUGCCACAGCUUCCAAAAUUCCAAUUUGGCAGAGAAAUUUAAAUCCUAAAGGACUAAAGAUCACUUUGUUUAUUGCCAAUAAAUCUUGAAAAAUCAUUUGUUUACAGCUUCCUGACAAAUCUGCCUUGGGAAUUCUACUGUUUCAAGGAUUAUAAAAACAGUGGCUGCUAUACUAAGUAACAGACUACAAUUCUGUUGAAGCACCAGCUCAAUCAAC